UGAAAAAAAGUCUGAAACAAAAAAUAUUGUGUAUAAAGAAGUUUUUACCAAUCUUUGACUCAAGAAACCAACUAAUAAAGGUAGGGAUCCAAGAUGAUGCAAUAUUCUCUCCUUAAUCAGCUUUGUAUAGACAAACACAAAGAAAAUUGGAAAGUCAAGGUCAGAAUAUCAAGGAUGUGGAAUGCAAUCAACUCAAAAAAUAAUGAUAUUAUUAGUUUAGACAUGAUUUUAAUCGAUGAGCAGAAUAAUUCAAUACAUGCAAUCAUUAAAAAUAAUAUUGCUAAAAAGUUCAAGCCUCUUCUGCAAGAAGGAAAAUUUUAUGAACUCUCUCAUUUUCAAGUGGUUGAUGGCAAUGCAUUGUAUAGACCAGUAGACAAUGACAUCAAGAUCAUGUUCACAUUGAAAACUAGCAUUAAGGAAAUAAAGGAGGUUGAUGUUGAUAUACCGCGUCAUAAAUUCGAAUUUGUUGACUACAAUAAAAUACAUGAACGCGUUAAUAAACAUGUCCAGCUAUCAGAUAUCAUUGCAAAUGUGAUUGGUGUUGGACCGAUUGAGCAACCUUGCAUCAAAGGAUCAAAUGUCUUGAUGAGAAACAUAAAUGUCAUGACUAUAGAAGGACAUGAAAUAAAGCUUACACUUUGGGGAUCAAUUGCAAAUGAAGUUGAGGAAAGCUUCUUUACUGAAAAUCCAGGCCCUUUUAUCAUAAUUGCUACAUGUUUGACUGUCAAAACUUUUAAAGGCAAGUUCAUUUCUCUUUUCUAA